AUGUCGACGGACGGCCGCAGCCUCUCCCGGCUGCCCAGCUUCCCCCGCCGCAUGCAGCUCGGCGGCCUCAUCUCGGGAUCGGACUACGGCCUAUCCGCCUCGCCCGCCGGCAGCCUGGGCCGAUUCGCCAGCGGCGACAGCCACGCCACCCCCACGGGACACCGCGCAUCUCCCGGCAGGUGGCACGACGGCGCGAUCACGCCGGCCAGCGCCGGCGUGCGAUCGCCGCUGAGGGAGGAGGGGGAGGGCAGCGCCGCGCGGCCGUCUCUGGAAUCGCUGGAAUACCGCGAGGGAUAUCCCCCAGAGGGUGGCCAAGGGUCACACCAGACACCCCGGGAGCAGCGUGGACUCCUGCAGUUCGGCUGGCCAGCGAGCGUGCCCUCUGGGGCGUCCCUGGGGUCUUUGAGGUCGCCAACCAUUGCCACCAGCAAUCUACACAAGCAGCUGGAAUAUGAAAAACGGUUGCAAGCAGAAAGCGGGCCUCUUGAAGAGCAACCAGCAGAUGAUUUGGAGGCAGGAAAAUUGACGAUGCCACUCUUGCCCACCAGCAGCAAGCCGUCAAUACGGAAGUCAGGAGGCCACAUUCGAUUUGAUUCCGUAAUGAAGGCCAUAAUCUAUGGAUUCAUCAAUGCCAUUGUUGCAGCACCAACGAUGGUGUCAUAUGGAGCUGUCGUUUUUGAGGACCCACAUUUCAAGCCCUUUAUGGAUCUGCUUGUGAAGCAAGUGUUUCUGGCAAGCGCCCUUGACCAAGUGGUCAUGGUUUUCCGGAGCUCGUUGCCUGCUGCCAUUGGGCAGGUUCAAGAUGUCGGCCUUAUAUUCAUGUCCACCAUGGCCUCGUCCAUUAUGAGUGCUGGGAUGAAGAUGAAGCUGACACCUCAGGAAGCAGUUGGAGCCACGCUUGUGACACUGUCGGUCAGCACAUUCAUUGUGGGCCUGUUGGUCACGGCAACUGGCUGUUUGAAGCUUGCAGUGCUGGUGCAGUAUGUGCCAAUACCUGUCGUGGGAGGCUACUUGGGAUAUGUUGGAUUCUUCUGUAUUAUGGCAGGCGCCUUCCUGUCAGCAGACGUUGAGAGGUCAUCAUGGGAAUCGUACAUGGAACUCUUUUCCGUCAAUGAUGGGUGGAACAGCUCGCUGGUGAAACUGACUGCAGGGGUUUUGUGUGCCGCCAUCCUGUACAUCGUGUUAGUGAAAGUGCCGCAUCCGGCAGCGCUUCCGGUCACCCUGUUUGCCAUCCCUUUGUGCUUUUUCGCCGUGAUGAUGGGCUGUGGCUUCACCCUGGAGGACGCCAAGGCAGCUGGCUGGGUGGCCAAUGCAACAUCGAACAGUAAUGACCCUCGAUUCUGGAGGAUAUGGAAUCUGUUCGACUUGGGAGGCCUUUAUAGCGCACGUGGCCUCAUCUUCAAGCAGAUUCCCACCAUGUUGGUCCUGUGCGUGAUGGUGGCAUUUGGCUCGUCCAUGGACAUCGCCGCAGUCCAGCAAGAGUUCGAAGGGGAGCUCGAUUACAAUCGUGAGUUGGUGAAUGUUGGGAUUGGUAACAUCCUCAGUGGAGCAGCUGGCGCCGGCUACACGGGCUCUCUCAUAUUCUCUCAGACGAUCUUCAGCAUGCGGUCGGGGGUGGAUUCGAGAAUAAAUGGCAUCGUGGUGGCUCUGGUGGAGUUCAGCCUUUUUGCGCUGCCCUUCUCCCCUGUCAACUAUCUUCCCAACUUUUUCUUUGGAGCAUUGACCAUGUGGAUUGGAGUCGACAUCCUGCUGGACUGGAUGGUGAUGUCGUACGGGAAGGUGACCCUCCUGGAGUACGGCAUGCUGUGGCUCACAUUCAUUGGUGUUGUGGCCCUUGGGCUGGGAAAGGGCCUCAUCCUCGGUGUCAUUGUCUCCCUGCUGCAUUUUACGGUCUCCUAUGCUAAAGUCAACAUCAUGGCAUACAGCGUCCUCCCAAGCCGGGGCUGCUAUUUGCGCCCCUUUGCGCAGAGGUCCAUACUGGAGGUGUUCUCAGGGAACAUCAUGGCUGUGUCCUUGAGUGGCUACAUCUUCUUUGGCAGCUCGGUGAAGAUCAGCAAGAAGGUGCAAGGUCUCGUUCAAGGAAUGGUGAAUGGGCCUGAGUCAGGUGGUGCCACUUUAGCCUCGGGCACUGGCCCCAGCCUGUGCCCAGCCAAGUCCAUCGAGAAAGGAAUGCCCGGGCUUGGCUCCAGGAGGGCAUCCCGCAUUGAGGCUGCAGUGAACUCUGCUCCAAAAUAUUUGCUGCUGGACUUCCAGAGGGUGCAUGGCAUCGAUGCCACAGCAGCAGGAUCUUUCUCAACCCUGUGCAAGAGGCUGCGGAUGAUGGGCGUCGAGCCAAUCAUCACCCAUCUGCCAAGGUCAAGGUCAGGUAUCCGUCGCCUGCUUGUUGCGCACGGUGUGAUAGAUGACUCAUGCUCUGCGGAGGAAGCCCUGCAUGAUGGCAACCGCCUUAGCGAGUCUUACGCCAUCAAGUCCUUUGACAGUCUGCAAGAGGGCCUAUCCUACUGCGAGGAGCAUUUCCUGGACAUCGCCGUCAGCUUUGACUUGAUACCGCCCCCGGCUUCCUCAAUGCAGCUUUCAGAAAUCCUGAAGUCAAGCCUGUCUCUCCCAAAGGGCUACACACCUGACGACAUGGACUUCAAGAGCGCCGCCACUGCGCUGCAGAGUUUUCUGACAGUGAAGGAGCUGAAGGCAGGGGAGCGUCUGUUCAGCAUCGGGGGCAAGGCUUUGGAGCUGUGCAUCGUCGAGAAAGGAAAGAUUGCUGUCGAGAUUGACUUGAUGAGAAUCCACCACCCGUGCCUGGCCGACACGCAUGUGCCUGAGAAAAUGUCAUUGCCAACGCAGUUGAGGGUUCUGGGCGUGGGCCCAGGCGGUGUCGUUGGCGAGAUGGAUUUUCUCCUUCGGCGCCCGCGCUCGUGCUACGCCUUUUGUGUGGAGGACUGCAGAUUGCUUUGCCUGCACCACGACGCCAUCGAAAGGAUGGCCCUUCUUGCCCCUCGCAUGCUCAACCUCAUUCAGGCAAUGCUGCUUCGCUCCACCAGCAUGAGCCUCAGCCACGCGCUCCAGACGCUGGAGAGGGCGGGGCGCCUCCACUAA